UGGCUUGAUACCGUCGUGAUACACGCGUUGUGUCGAAUAUACUUGACAAGAAUAGUUUUACUUAGACUGAUAUCGUCGUGAUACACGCGUUAUUGGAAAUUUAUUGCAUAACAUAUUUAUUUCAUGAUAAGGUCUAAUUGCAUUACGUAAAUUGCGUUCAUAGAAUUAAAGAGUCGCGAGUUUGACUCGAAUUAAAAUCAAGGAAAGAAUAAGAAUAUUAUAUUUGUUUGUUAUAUUUGCUUCAUACUGAUUCAAUGAUCAAAAAAGCCAAAAAGGAUGUUAUAUCCCUUUUGGACUCAGAAGAGGACAAGGAUCAUUCCAUCAGCACAAAGUUAGCUGCUCAAGAGCAGAGGCAAAAGUUACUGAAUCAGACCGCUAUGCUGAGAACUUACGUCUCCGUAUUGGAGAACAGACUCGAAACUCUCAAAUUCGGACAAUUGCGAUUGCCGAAGCCAUCGCACAACAACAAAGCCGCGACACACCGCAAUGUGCCGGACGUAUGGAUGGAAUUGCGACGCGAUUUGUACAGGUUUGCGGGAAUACAGUGCGUGAAAUGCAAAGGUAGUUUCGUCUUCGUAAUGUCUAGCACGGAUGACGUCCCAAGCAGCGAUUUAUACACGGUGGAGAUUUUGAUAGACGAACACGGCUGCGGAAAAUUGGGAAGGUGGAUACUACCAAUGUCCGUCGACGUGCAAGAGAUACUGUCGCAACAUCCGAUCGAUAAUCUGAAUAAUGUGAGGCAGUUCUUGAAAAGUUGCAAACAGCACGUGGAUUGCUAUACCUAUCGCGUGAAACAGCUGGAGGAGCUGAAGAACUUUGUCGCUGGGCUUAAGAACGGUCGCGUGUUUCACACCAUCGGGAUCGCUCAGAUCGAACUGGUAAUGUUAGAAGUGAAAGACAUCGCGAACGACGCGGUUCAUAAUGUUACAUUGUACUUGCGUUACAACUCUGCCGAAGUGAGACCCUACAAGUUGCUCCCGGAUACGGACGAUAACGAAAGGCCGUCGGCGGAUUUGCUUAAAAGAUUAAAGAAACAUUUCAAGCCUUUCUUGAAGAAUGAUCUGAUUUCCGCGUUUCAGCAGGUCUCUGGAUCGCAAACUGAAUUCCUAUGGAAACCAAUCGCAGUGGAAACGGGCGAAAUUAAUUUAAACAUCUCUGGUGAGUCACUUGAAAACGCAGGAUUCUUGUCCACUUAUUUUCAUCGAGAUCAGAAAGGAACGAAAAAGAGACAGAAAAAGAGUAGAAAUAAUGAACAAAAUAAGAGCGUUUCGCGAGAUAAUGAGACGGAGAUGUCGCUUUGCGUUAAAGGUGAACAGGAUUCUGAUGUCGAAGAGAAUAAUAAAAAGCAGGACGCCUUUCCGAGAGACGAUAAAAAAGUCAAGCCACGCAAACACCAACAAUCAGCGAAAACAACAAUGAAAUUGCAUGGCGCGAAGAAGUCGCUGAAUGACUCGAGGAAAUUUGACGGAGAAAUUGCGAAUGUGGAGAAAAGCAACGUCGCGGACGAGAAGAAGAAAUCUGAACCAAAGUUUACGAGCGCAACGCGUCGCACUCAGCAACGUAAACAUUCGAAGAAACGUCAAAUGGAUACAGAGAACGCGCAGAUUGAGGAUAAUACCUUAUCAAAAGACAAAAAUAAUCACGACAAUAAAAAGAACUCGCCGAGAAAAGUGGGCGCUAAAUGCAGAACGGAGGCGCGGAACCGAAGAUCGUCUACAAAAUCGGAUACGGAUAGCGAGAGCGCGAAGAGUCCUCGAAGAGCGCGAAAGCAAAAGAAGGCAAUUAUACCGAUCGACGAAAGAGACAAAGAGGACCACACCAUCACGAAUCCGAAUAAGCAGGAUUGGAAAGCGCGAGUGAACGUGAGCAGUAGCACUCCUUUUACGAAGAAAUUACCCGACAAACGGAAGUUCUUUCACGCUAGUCGCAUCAGUGACAUUUUACAAUAAGAUUAAACAGAUUCUGUGAACAAAAAUUAAGACAUUAAGUGAUCACAAAGGGCAAACGUGACUUGACGAAUCUGUAGCUGUUGAAAGUCUUUAAAGAAAAAUACACUGAGGAGAAAAAUAUCUAAGAAAUAUUUAUUCAGUAGAAAUAUACUAACUGAUUGUUACCUAACACAUUUCUACUUAUUUUUUAUAAAAUAUUUUUAAAUAAGAAAAUAUACAAUUUUUUUAAACCUUGCUGUUCAUGUAAUUGUUUAUUCUAUUGCAAUAUAAUUGUUUAUUCUAUUUAUUCUAUUUAUUUUCUAAAAUUACUCUAUUUAAUUUUAUCCUAUUUAAGUAAAAUUAUUUUAAUUUAAGUCAAUAUGUUAUUAGUAUCCACCAAAUAACUAUUUUUUAUUUUUUAGAUAUUAUUUCUCCCAGUAUAUGCGUUAUAGAAUAUAAGAGAUUUGUACACGCUCAGUAAGUGAGAAUAAUUGUAUUUACAAAAGAAGGCACAUUCUUAUUCACGUUUUACGCAUAGCAUGCGCGAUCCACAAACGUAAGCGUCUAUAAAGUGUUAAUUUCUCGGAUGGUUCUUCCUGCUGUCUCAUAAAAUUUAAUAAUACUUCGUCCAUGGACGGUUGAUUGAUCGAAAAGUCUGUUAUCCAUACGUAUCUCUGUCUCAACUUUCCCAGUUUGUCAAACACGUAGCUGUACGAAACGUCACUCUCGAGUUCAUACUUAAUAACACCCUGUAAAUGUCAGAUAAAAACAGAUCUGCUCUUCUUUUGUGACUACGCAAUCUUCAAUUUUUAUAUCUUACAAUAUAUUUUAUAAUUGUUUCAUUUUAUAUAUUUCUCCAAUGCAGAGUGUAAUCUCUUUUGUAAUAAAUUCGAUUUGUCUCUUCAGAGAUUUAAUAUCACAAAUUA